AUGCAACCCAAAGGGCCAACUUGUACGAGCAAACACAUAUUGGGCCGUAUGCUAUUAUUUGGGCCUAUUAGCAGAAUAAGGCAAAAGCUGACCAGGAAACCCAAAGAAAAAGAAGAAGAGCAGAAUGGUGUCGCUCCAAGGACUGACCAGGGUGGACCGCCCUGGCGAACAACCGUCCCUGACAUAACGGGAGCUUGCAUGAACAUGGCAAGUUUCGCGGGUAAAAUCGGCUUCAAAAUCUCAUCACAGCUUCAAUGUCGCGUAUAUUCGGUUCCCUGGGCAAUAUGGAAGAAUCAGGUUACAUGCUUGAAGAGUAGAGACCAUAGUUCUUCGGCUCCAGUUAGGUACACUCCUAAGACAUCCUCCAAAGUGAAACUAUCUGAAACUUCUCCGCAAGUGAAAAAUUUGGAAAAAAGUAACUACUUUAGUCGAGCUGAUAUAAGCGCACUAGAGAUCGAUUGCGAAGAAUCUGAACGGGGAAAAAUUGGUCAGUGUGAAGCAUCACAAAUUCACAAUGAAAUGCAGAAUAACUUGCUGUUUGAUGACAUGGGACAAG